AUGAGAUCUUCUUUUAAAUCAUAGUCUAGAAACCAAGUAUAGUAUAUUAAAAAGGAAGCUCUAUAAGAUGAUAAAACACCAAAGUACGAAGAAGUCAAAAUUUCAUAAGUUAAAAUCAAUGAAGCCUCUACUUAUGUUUAAAAGGAAAGCUAACCGAUUAUUCAUUCUAAUAAUUCAGAAUAAGUCUCUAAGCCUUCUGAUAAACCACUUGUAGAGUAAUCAAAUAAUUUAGAACAAGACAGCACCAGCUAGCAAAGAUAACAAAAACCCGAUAGAGCUAAUAAUAAUAAUAAUAAUAAUUAAUAAUAACGCAAGUAAGGACAGAGAAACAACAGACACUUUAAAACUACUUACGUUCCUAAGAAAUUGCUAUAAAGUGAAAUUGACUAAUCUUAAGCAGGUCAAGAAAGUAAUAAAACUGACAGUCAAACUCAGUCAAACCAAGGUUAAUCAAAUAAUUUAAAUGAAAGCUAAGAACCAUCAAAUAAUUUAUAAAUGAAUGGGAGAUAAAGCUUAUAAGGAAACGGUACAAACACAUAAAAGUAUAGAUAUAAUUAUAGAAAUGGAUCUGUUUAGCCAAAGAAUGAGAGAUAUUCUUAAGGCGGCAGUAGCCAAAUUUAAAAUUAGACCAAAAGCAGUUUAUUUUAUUAACUCAAAUCAGACCAAACAAAUGCAACUAAUGAAGGUAAUUAAUUCGAAGAUAGUCCUCAAAAGAACCAAAAAAAUUUUCAACGCGACAACUUAAGAAAAAGUGAAAAAGAACCUAAAACUACCCAAAAGAAAGAUUAUGCUUAAAUUCAAGCUAUGUUAAAAAGAUAAAAUGAUAAUAUGAUUGCUAGAAAUAAUAGAAGAAAUCAUUCAAUCGUUAGAACUCCAGAUGCUCAUCUUUUGCUCUCUUGCAACUGGGAUGGAAUCGAAAAUGUCGAACAAUCUUACGAAUUAUUAUAGAAGAAAUCUUAGGACGUUAGCAGUUUUUGCCAAUAAGAAAAUUCCACUAGCUAGGCAUUCCCUUCACUAUUAGAUGACAGUUCUAGAUUAAGCAAAUUCGCUCCUUCAUCACUUAGACCUAGCAGAAAAGCAUCAAUUUCGAGCUCAGAAACAAAUCCACAGGAUUUGACAAAUUAAAUUCAUUAAAUUGCCUAAGAAUUACAGUAAAAUUAGGAAUAAUAGGUAGAGAAGCCCGUUCAUGUUCAUGAUAUUUAAGCUUUACAAGAAGUAAAAUAAGAAGCAAUUAUGGAAAGUGAGGAGUUUAAUUACAAAGAAGAAGAAAAAACUAAAUAAGCAAAAAGUACAAAUGCAACUCCAAGCUCAAAAGAAAACAAAAAGAACAAUCAAAGAUAAUCAAAUAAAAUUUAAAGAGAAUCAAUAAAUAAAGGUCGCAAAUCAAACACUAUCAUUUAUGUAAGGAAAGAAAAUGUUCAAAAAGAGCAAACACCUUCAAAUUAAAUGAACUAAAAGAAAAGUGUUGUUUAUGAAGAAAAAGUAGAAGUUGUUGAAUAGUAAUAGCCAUAAUAAAUACAACAACAACAACAAUAAUAAUAACAAGAAGAAAAAGAAUAUCCAGAUAUCUUAAAUGAUAUCGAAUUUGAAAUGGAUUUAGAAAUUAAUCCUACUUAAUAGACAAGAAGAAAUCAAAAUAAGAAUUAAAGAUAAGAAAGGGAUUUAUAGAAUGCUAAUUUUGAUGGCUAGCUUAUUGCUGAAUAACAGUAAGCAGAUCAUGAAUCUGAGCAAAAUAAGAAGGAUUCAUCAAACUCUUAAGAUCAUAAUGAAAAUGAAGUUUAUCCAAGAAUUUCUAAUUUGGAUGAGUAUGUUCCUGUUUAGUUUACUGCAGAGUAACAAGAAGCUUUUGAAAAAGGUGAAUAUUAGGAAUUGUAAAAGGAGAUUGACCAAUUCUAAAAGCAAGAUUAAUAAAUAUAAAAUGAGUGCAGAGAAGAAAAUCAAAGAGAAAUCUCAAGCGACGUAAUUUUAUAAUAGAAGGAAGAAGAAGAUUUUGUACAAAUUGAAGAAGAAGGUUUAGCUUCUAAAAUUUCUUGCUAAUCUCCACCUCCCACUGAAAAUUUAACUUAGUAAGACGUUGACGCAGCCUUAGAAAAAUUUGAGGAAGAAAAUUAGAAUCAACAUCACUUAUCAAAGUUUGGUUAGUAAUAUGAAACAGAUUUAGAGUAGAAAGUCUUAGAGUAACUUUAAAAGAAGCACAUUAUAGAGCAAAAUGCAGAAUAAGUUGAUGAAAAUAACAAAUCACAAACUAUAACUGAAAACAAGACUGAUGAUUAGAAUAGUAAUCAAAUAAUUGAAAAAAAUACCUAAGAGUAAGACAAUAAAAACAUUAAUGGCUAGCAAAAAGAACUUGUAGAAGAAGAAAAAAAUAUUAAAAAUGGAAUAGAAAAUGUAUAAACUGAAUUAACUUAAGAAAAAUUGACUGUAAUUGAUAAUUAAGCUAAUUAAAGCAAUAAUUAAAUGUAAUACACAGCUAAUAUCGUCAUAGAAGAAAAUGAAAUUCAAGAAGCAUUUAACCACUUUUAAUAGGAGCAUUAAAAUUUAGCUUCAAAAAAUGAAGAAGAAAAUGUUGAAAUCAUCACCCAAAAAUAAAAAUCUCAAGACAAAAGAGAAGAAGAGGUUUAAUAGUAAUUAGAAGAAGAAGAAGAAGUUUAAUAAUAAUUCGAGGAAGAGGUAGAAAUUUUUGUAAGCAGCACAGAAUAGACUAGAAAUCAUAACUAAAAUAAAUAAGAAAGAGAUUUAUAAUCUCAUAAUGGUCAACAAUUAGAUGAUCACUUCAAGUAAGAAGAAUAAGCAGGAAAUUAAAAUUAAUCUUCUCCAAGCAAAAACGAAAAAUAAGUUAAAGAAUAAAAAACAAUUGACGAACUUGAUAAACAAUGCGAAUAUUUUAAUGCUAAUUCAAACUACAGUAGUGAUAAGUAGAACAACACCCAAACACAAGACGACACCUCCAGUGCAAAACAUAUUGAAAUGAAUGGAUUUUUACUUGAAGUUUAGAGUGAUAGAAAUUUUGAUGAUUCCAACCACGAUCUUAAUUCAGAAUAUCCCAAGACAGAAGCUCCUUAUAGGAGAAAAACUAGAUUUUUACAGUAGUUCUCAGAUAACUUGAAAGACAUAGGCAAAAAUAAUACUUGCUUAGUUAACUCUUUGGGCUCGAACAUUGUAACUACAUUUGCUGGAUAUGUUUGCAACAAAAUAGUUACAUCUACUUUACUCAAAAAUGGUAAAUUAAACCAUUCUUCUGGUAACAGAAUGCUCUUUAGUUCAUUCUCUUCAUUAAACUCUUCUUUAAAGAAUUGA